AUGGUUGAGGUGGUGCAGAAACUCUGCGAAGAUAUGAUGUUGAGUCUUAGGAAAGUUGAGGUAGAUAUCAAAAAGAAUAUCAACGACUUGCUUCUGGAGCAUCGUCAUUUGGAGCGAGAUCAUGUCCGUGGAAGCAUCCUUGAUUGGAUCACUCCGUUUGAAUACAGUCGUCAGCAGAAUGAAACUAUCAGCAAACGACAACCUGGAACUUGUCAGUGGUUUCUAGACUCCCUAGAAUUUCAGAAGUGGAUCAAGUCAGACGGGCAAACGCUGUUCUGCCCAGGCAUUCCAGGUGCUGGAAAGACAGUUUUAGUUUCGGUCGUAGUCGACAGUCUGAUAGCUCUCUUCAGAUCUGAUGAGACUAUCGGCAUCGCAUAUGUGUAUUGCGACUUCCGGAAGACACACGAACAGACAGCUAAAGAUAUCCUUGCAAGCCUUCUAAGGCAGCUAGCUUACGGCCAGUCAUAUCUACCAGCAAGCGUGAUAUCACUCCACGACAUGCAUAGGGCACAGGGAUCUCUACCAUCUUUCGAAGAGCUAUUGACAACUUUUAGAUCCGUCGCUGCUCUAUUUUCAAAGAUUUUCGUCGUCAUCGACGCAAUUGACGAAAUGAGUAUGGCCUGUCGAUACAAACUCAUCCCAGAGAUCCUUGACCAGCAGUAUAAAGUGAAUAUCUUUGUCACCUCAAGGUAUAUUCCCGACAUAGUCCAGGAAUUCAAAGGAUCAACAGCGUUGGAAAUUCGUGCGAGCAACCCUGAUGUGGAGAGCUAUAUUGAAACCCAUAUAAAAUCAUUACCAUGUUUCGAUGACUGGAGCCCGAAGUUGCAUGAGGAGGUCAAGACUCACAUAUCGACCGCUGUUGAUGGCAUGUUCCUCUUGGCGCAUAUUUAUCUCAAAUCGAUUGAAGACAAAAUCACAAAUAAAGCCGUUCGAAGGGCAAUGAUACAAUUCAAGGCGCCAAAACUUCCACCAAGUGAAAGCAAGAAAUGUGAACUUUUCGAUGAGAUUUACAACCAAACUAUGGAAAGAGUCAAUGGGCAAAAAGCAGGAUUUAGAGAGUUCGCCGUCAAGAUUCUAUCGUGA